AUGCUGGGUACUCUGGGGCUUUGGGCACUGCUUCCCGAAGCUGUACAAGCACCCCCAAGCAGGCGGACCUGUGUAUUCUUUGAGGCCCCUGGAGUGCGGGGAAGCACAAAGACACUGGGGAAGCUGCUAGAUGCAGGACCAGGGCCCCCCAGGGUUAUCCGCUGCCUCUACAGCCACUGCUGCUUUGGGAUCUGGAACCUGACCCAAGACCAGGCACAGGUGGAGAUGCAAGGAUGCCGAGACAGUGAUGAGCCAGGCUGCGAGUCCCCCCGAUGUGACCCAAGCCCCCGAGCUCAGCCCAGUCCCAGCUCCACUCUCUUCACCUGCUCCUGUGGCACUGACUUCUGCAAUGCCAAUUACAGCCACCUGCCUCUUCUGGGGAGCCCUGGGACUCCUGGUUCCCAGGGUCCCCAGGCCAUCUCAGGCGAGUCCAUCUGGAUGGCGCUGGUGCUGCUGGGGCUGUUUCUCCUCCUGCUGCUGCUGGGCAGCGUCAUCUUGGCCCUGCUACAGAGGAAGGCCUGCAGAGUGAGAGGUGGGCCAGCGCCAGAGCCAGAGCCAGAUCCAGACGCAGGCAGGGACUGGAGUGCGGAGCUGCCUGAGCUGCCUGAGCUGUGCUUCUCCCAGGUAAUCCGGGAAGGAGGUCACGCAGUGGUGUGGGCUGGGCAGCUGCAAGGCGAGCUGGUAGCCAUCAAGGCCUUCCCCCUGAGGGCUAUGGCCCAGUUCCGAGCUGAGAGAGCACUGUAUGAGCUGCCAGGCCUACAGCACGACCACAUUGUCCGCUUUAUCACUGCCAGCAGGGGGGGACCUGGGCCCCUGCACUGUGGGCCCCUGCUGAUAUUGGAACUGCACCCCAAGGGUUCCCUGUGCCACUACUUGACCCAGCACACCAGUGACUGGGGACGUUCCCUGCGGAUGGCACUGUCCCUGGCACAGGGCUUGGCAUUUCUCCAUGAGGAGCGCUGGCAGGAUGGCCAAUAUAAACCAGGUAUUGCCCACCGAGAUCUGAGCAGCCAGAAUGUGCUCAUUAGGGAGGAUGGGUCAUGUGCCAUUGGAGACCUGGGCCUCGCCUUGGUGCUACCUGGCCUCACCCAACCCCCCACCUGGGCCCCUACUCGACCCCACGGCCCAGCUGCCAUCAUGGAGGCUGGUACCCAGAGGUACAUGGCCCCGGAGCUCUUGGACAAGACUCUGGACCUACAGGACUGGGGCAUGGCCCUCCGGCGAGCCGAUGUUUAUUCUCUGGCUCUGCUCCUGUGGGAGAUCCUGAGCCGCUGCCUGGAUCUGUGGCCUGACAGCAGACCACCACCCUUCCAACUGGCCUAUGAGGCAGAACUGGGCAGCACUCCCACCACCUGUGAGCUAUGGACCUUGGCAGUGGCGGAGAGAAGGCGCCCUUACAUCCCACCCACUUGGUGCUGCUUUGCCACAGACCCUGGUGUGCUUAGAGAGCUCCUAGAGGACUGUUGGGAUGCAGACCCGGAAGCACGGCUGACAGCUGAGUGUGUACAGCAGCGCCUGGCUGUCCUGGCCCAUCCUCAGGAGGCCCACCUCUUCCCAGAGGGCUGUUCACAUAGCUGCCCACCUCUCUGUGCAGAAGACUGUCUCUCGACUCCUCCCCACCACCAUUCUCCCUUGUAG